AUGGACCAUGAGCAACAAGCUGAGGAGUUUGAAACCCUAAAAGCCAUCUACGGUGAUGAUGUCACGCUAUUACUCCAGGAGGGCACCAUAGAGGUCUGCAUCCCCUGCCGCGAGGUGCAGCCGCACGCCGUCGCUCGCGCGACAUGCCCGGUCGACUACCCAAGCGCGUCGCCGCCUGUUGCGGAGGUGGUUGCCCCCCACCUGCCGCCCGAGCUCAUCUCAGAGGCGGCCGCGCAGCUGGAAUCCCUGUUCGUGCCCGGGGAGAUCGUGUUGUUCUCGUGGAUUGAGUGGCUGCGGGAACGCCAUGUGGACUGGCAGCAUUGGCAGCAACAGCAGCAGGAGGAGGAGGAAGAAGCGGCGGCGGCAUUGGCGGCAGCGGUUGCCCGGGGCCACAUCGGCAACAGCGGGAGCGGCAGCGAGGGGGACGCGAGUGAAACGGAGGAGGGCAGCGGCAGGGAGGAGGCCUCCGUUGCUGGGGCGUUGGCGCGACGGGAGCGACAGGAGGCCGCGGCGGCGUCUCGUGGCGGGGGCGACGGCGACCUCGAGUCUCUGAUGGCGGCCGUCGCGCCGCGCAUCGUGUCUGGCGCGCCGCUGACGGAGCGCAGGAGCACGUUCCAGGCUCACGUGUGCCGCGUGACAGAUGCGAGGGAGGUGGAGGCCGUCAUUGCGGUGCUGCUGCAAAACAACAAGAUCCGCGGCGCCACCCACCCCGCCAUAAUGGCGUACCGCAUCUCCACCCCCCGGCCAGGGGUGUACCUCCAGGACUGCGACGACGACGGCGAGGACGCCGCCGGCGGGCGGCUGCUGCACCUGCUGCAGCUGGCCAGGGCGGAGGACGUGGUGGUGGUGGUGUCCCGCUGGUUCGGGGGCGUCCUGCUGGGGCCGUCGCGCUUCGGGCUGAUCAGCAACUGCGCGCGAGAGCUGCUGGUCAGCACCGGCUUCAUAGCCGGCGCCGGCGAGGGCGGCGGCGGCGGCGGCGGCGGCAGGAAGAAGGGGAAGGGGCGGUGA